AUGGCACUGGUCGCGCCGCCUGCCAACGAUCGCAAGCGCGUAAAGGUUUACGAACUCAAGAACAAUGACUGGUUCGAUAGGGGUACUGGCUUCUGCAAAGGCGUCAUUGCAAAUCAGGAAGAGGCGAGAAUCGUUGUCGUAUCGGAAGACGAUCCCGGUCGUGAGCUUCUGUUAACGCGAAUCUCCAAAGACGAUGGAUAUCAGAAACAGCAAGAUACACUCAUAGUGUGGACCGAGCACAAUGGCACGGAUAUGGCUCUUAGUUUCCAGGAGCCGGAGGGAUGCGCUGGCAUAUGGGAAUUCGUGAAUGAAGUUCAAUCGCGACUUCAAUCUCUUGCCCAAGAUGAUGGCCUUUCCGACGAUAUUGGUGAGGCAAUCAGUCCCAUCAUGCUUCCCCUUCCAGACCUGGGCAACCUCCUCGAAGUCGAAAACCAUAUGCGCGCAGCGAACGGAACCCCUGGCGGACGCGAAGCAUUGGCUAAAUUCAUCCUCGCACAUGAUUACAUACCGAAACUCAUCCCUCUGGUGGAAAUGGCCGAGGACCUCGAAAGCGCGUCUGAUCUACACCGCCUGUGCAGCAUCAUGAAGACGCUCAUCCUGCUCAACGACACCUCCAUUAUAGAAUAUGUCGUCACAGACGAGGUGGUCCUGGGAGUAGUGGGUGCGCUCGAGUAUGAUCCAGACUUCCCUCUCCACAAAGCCAAUCACCGGCAAUACCUAGCCGAUGAGUCCAAGUUCAAGGAAGUCGUGAAGAUCGAAGAUCAGAACAUAAGGAGAAAGAUUCAUUACACAUAUCGACUGCAGUACCUUAAGGACGUAGUGCUGGCCCGCAUCCUCGAUGAUCCCACAUUCUCCGUUCUCAACUCCUUGAUAUUCUUCCACCAAGUCGACAUUGUUCAACACCUCCAAUCAAAUGGUGCAUUCUUGAAAGAGUUGUUCGGGAUUUUCACGCCGGCCGAGCGGAACCUACAGCGACAGAAGGACGCGGUGUUAUUCAUACAGCAGUGCUGCGCCAUCGGAAAGAGCUUGCAAGCAAAUGCAAGGGCCCAACUCUACCAGAACUUCAUCAGCCAUGGCCUUCUCGACGUGAUCCAGUUUGCGCUCAAGCACCAAGAUGCCUCGGUGCGAGUUGCCGGAACCGAUAUUUUGGUUGCUCUCAUUGACCAUGACGCCCUGAUGGUGCGAAGCUACAUCUUCAAGGCUAUACAGGAGAAGUCGAAGCCGUUGACCGAUACACUCAUCGAGCUGCUACUCAUAGAGGUUGAUCUGGGUGUCAAGAUGCAGAUGGCCGAUGCUAUCAAAAUCUUACUCGACCCGAACGCGAACUCGGCCUCGAUGGAGGCGCUCUCGCGCACGAACAGCGAAUUCUUGGCUAAGAUCCGAGGAUCGUUACCAACUAUGCCACACCAAGACUCCUUCAUUCAGACAUUUUAUGAUGAAUCGGCACGGAAACUUUUCCAACCCCUGAAGGAUCUUGAAGGAAGGGAAAACAUGGAAGAUCUCUCCAUCCAAGAAGUCUCCCUGUACUCGCAUCUUGUCGAGAUGCUAUGCUUCUUCAUUCGCCAACAUUCUUUCCGGAGUAAAUAUUUUGUUCUCUCAGAAGGGCUCGCUGCACGGGUGGCUCAACUCAUGGAGUGUCCAGAGAAGCAUCUAAAGCUGACGGCACUUAAGUAUUUCCGUACAUGCAUAGGAUUGCACGAUGAGUUCCACAACCGGCAGAUCGUCACACACCAGCUGUUCGAACCGAUUCUCAAGAUACUGUUUGAUACCAUGCCUCGGGACAAUCUGUUGAACUCUGCUUGUCUUGAGCUCUUCGAGUUCAUCAAGCGAGAGAACAUCAAAGUUAUCGUCGAGCACCUUGUCUCGACCUACCGAGAAAAAUUUCAGAGCAUCACCUACGUCGAUACGUUCCAGAACUUGGUACUCCGCUACGAUCAGAUGCACGAGCCACCCACAACACAGGAGCUGGAAGACUCUUUCACCAGCGUUGAUACCCGAAUCAGCGAGACCCCCCACCGCCAUGGCAUGGUGAACGGCAACAAGUGGGGCCAAGGACUGAAGGAGGCGGAUCCUGAUGAAGAGGCUUAUUUCAACGCAUCCGACGACGAGGAUGACGACUUGCCCGUCAACGCAAAGCCCGUGUUGAACGGCGCGUCUCCCGUUAGGCCGCUCGUGAAUUAUCCAGACGACGAAGGAGAAGAGGACGACAUGGACAUUCUAGCGAGUAGCACCCCUGAAACGUCACCUCAGAGCAUAUCGACUUCGACACAAACGCUAGAGAACAGCCCGACUGCCAAGUCUAACCCAACAUCACCACCUGAGCGGAUUUCUGAGAAGCGCAGAAGAGAGGAGGACGAGGAGGAUGAGCUCAUCACGAGUCUCUCUUCAUCCGGAAGCAAACGACGUGCUUCUUUGACCAGCAAUACCAGUACGAACAGCCUGCGCAGCUUGCGCCGCAAGAAUUCAGUGACUUCGGCCAAAGAUACCGGUGGAGGGCCGAAGAAGAUUUCGCUCUCGAUACCUUUGAAGAGCGGCGGGGAGGGAGGGGAGGGAGAUUAA